AUGGCUCCAGCAGCGAACUGUUCCACUGACGAGAUCAGAAACAUCAAGGAAGAGGCCAGCUGCCCAUCAACGGAUCCAACGGAUCCCACGGAUCCAAGGGAUGCGGAAGAUGUUCCCAGUUCAAUGGAUGAAUCGGAGUGGAUCCUGCAACUGCUGAAGGGAAGGAAAGUUGGCGAGACUAUACACUUCCCGGCAGAGUUGAGGGUGGGAAGCCGCGUCUUCACUUCAGCUUUUGUUGAGCGGGACUUCAGAACGGCAUCUGGGGCCCAUCUACUUCGUUUGUAUCCUGGGGCUGUUCAUUUCAUCGUGAAAUUUGCCGAUGUUCGGCAAGAGCAUGCGAUGAUGUGUGCCUUAUUGGAGAUGAACAGACGGUGGCACGAACAUGUCGUGAAUGUAUGUGGCGUAGCAGUGCAAGCCUUGACCUAUGAGAUUUUUCCCAUUGGAUCAUCUGGAGGUCUCAUUGAAGCGGUCAUUGGAUGUCGAACGCUGCGUGAAUUGAAGAGGCUGUGUAGAUCAGAGCCACAGCAGAGAGUCUUCGAGGCCCUAGGUGGUGAUGGGCAGAAACUCAAUACCCUUGCAGCUUCAACCACGGCGUACUUGACUGCCUGCUACGCUCUGGGAGUACGUGAUGGACAUGAUGACAAUAUCAUGUUGCGAGAGGACGGCUCCUUGUUCCGUGUGGACUUCGGCUUCGUCUUUGGUGCGACACCGGAGAUCGACUCGCCUCAGACGGUGGUGGCGAGAGCGGUGACCUAUGCCCUGGGGGUCGAGCGGUGGAUGGAAGUGGUGGCUGCUUGUGGUGAUUCUCUCACGGCGUUGACGGGCAAUAGUUAUGGCAGUCCACCUGCCUAUGAUUGCUUGAGCAGCGUUUCCGAGCUGGAAGCGUAUUUGCCCUUGGUCCGAUCACACACGGCCUCACUGAGCCUAGCUCAGUUCUGUCAUGAUGUUUCCUGUGCCGAUCAGUGGUCCUUUUCAAGAGCAGCCAAAAACACGUUGCGCGAGGCGGUUCAGUUUCUACGCGAUCAAGCUGGCCUUGGUCCGGAAGAUGAGAGUAGUCAGGAUGACCAUGCAGAGGUUCCUGAAGGGAUCUCAGGAGCAGAGACGCCUCUGAGCGAUCCCUUCUUGGAUCUCAACCUUUUCCUAGAUUCUGGAGUGGAUCUCCUGGGGCUAUACCGAGCAAUGCCUGAGCAGUUUGGUGAGCAUGAGGGAGACCUUACAGAUUGGUUCAUUGAGGGUCCUGUUGCGGACAUGCUUUCCAUGGCCAAAGAAGGCCUCAGCAGAGAGGAUCUACCGGCUGAAUCGAGGCCCAGGAAUGCUUCGUUUGGCGGGCACCUUCCGCAGGAAGGGGCACAACGGGCACAACGAAGACAGGAGAACGGCAAGGACGGUGAUGUGAAGUCACCCCUUCGUAUGAAGCAAGCCAGAGAGAUGUUGAUGAAGCUGUAUGAGAUGACAGCUCUACAACGAAAGCCCAGCCUUCCUUUUCCGGUCGAUUCACGAGCUCGAGAUCAGAGAUACAACUUUUCGCAGCAAAGUGAGAUGCCUUCAGCCCCAAAUCAGCACGCCUAUGGAGGGUAUCCUCUUACCAAUCAGGAGUGGCCACAGGCAGCAUCAUUGCCCCGCCAACAGUGCUCAGUGCAGCCGAUGCCUGUGAAUUCCCUUCCAGUGAACGACCCAUUUGCUCGGACACCUCCGGCAACACCGAGGGAGCCCUUUCCGAAGCUGUUGGAGGUGUUGGCUCCGGAACCAGCCUACAUGGCAGAGACCUUCGUCCCAUCCAACGUUGCAAAUACGUACACAGGGGCUUCUUGUGGAAUGUACAGCAAGCAGGCUCCGUUCACCGCUGGUUCCAGCACAUAUCAGCAAAGCGGCAUCAGCUGCGCUGGGCGUUCGCCAGAACCGUUGCACCCCAGAGUGGCACCAAUGCCAAAGAUGAAAGUAGCUUGGCCACACGCUUCACGGAGUCGGUGAUUGCGAAGGGCAAAAGGCUGAGUUUGAUGUGAGCAACUCUGAGUGGCCCCACUGCGAUGCUGAGCCAGCUUAUUCCAAAAUUCAGAGAAAUGGAUCACAGGAAAACCGUGCCCAGUGCUGAGUUUGAUAGGUGCUUUAUGCUGUCGGUUCCC